UGUUUGCACAUUCGACAGCAUAAACAGUAGCGGAUAUCAGUGGCAACAAAAGAAGACGAAGGCGACCAACAAACCAACCGAGCAAGAAGAUGAGCAGCGCCAUGGAGAAGCUUGAGCAGUGGCUCGAGAUGGACAUGUGGGGUCCAACCAAGGAGGAAGCUCAGGAGUUGAAGAACAAGAAGAACAUGGCGGCCAUUGAGUCCCAGUUUGGGAAGCGCAUCGCCUUUGGCACAGCAGGCCUGCGUGGUCCAAUGAAGACUGGAUGGGCUUGCAUGAACGACCUGACCGUGAUCCAGGCAUCCCAGGGCCUUGCCAAGUACUUGGAGGCGCAGAAUGGAACGACGGACUUCCGGGUGGUGAUUGGCCACGACUCGCGGCACAACUCUCGCCGCUUUGCUCGUCGCGCCGCCACGGCCUUCCUUUCCCUUGGCGCCGAAGUCAUCCUCUUCUCCGACGUUGUGCCAACGCCCAUGAUCCCAUUUGCUGUGUCGCACCACAAGUGUGCCGCAGGCAUCAUGGUCACUGCCUCCCACAACCCAAAGCAGGACAACGGCUACAAGGUGUACUGGAGCAACGGUGCGCAGAUCAUCCCCCCACACGACGCCGGCAUUGCCAAGAGCAUCGAUGCCCACUCCAACCCAUGGGCGAGUGCAUGGGACGAGCAGAUUGCAGAGAAGAGCGAGCGCUGCCACUGCACGCUGGCUGAAACGAGCGCGGCCUACUUCAAGGCCAUUACCGCCAACAGCUUCCUCGAUGCAGACGUUCCACGCGAUGGCAUCACCUUCACCUACACCGCCAUGCACGGUGUUGGCUGGAAGUACUGUCAGCGCGCCUUUGAGGCAUUUGGGCUUCCCCGCUUCUGCGACGUCGAGAAGCAGGUCUCCCCAGACCCGGAGUUUCCGACUGUCGAGUACCCAAACCCAGAGGAGGGCAAGGGCGCACUGACGCUGGCCAUUGAGACAGCAGAGGCCAACAACUCCUCCGUCAUUCUCGCCAACGACCCAGAUGCGGAUCGCCUGGCUGUUGCCUGCAAGCACGAUGGUCAGUGGCAGAUUCUCAACGGAAACCAGAUUGGCUCCCUUCUUGGCUGGUGGGUGUUCACCAACUACGUCAAGCGCAACCCAGAAUGCAAGAAAGACGACCUGUACAUGGUUGCGUCGACUGUCUCCUCCAAGAUGCUCGGCACCAUGGCUGCGGCAGAGGGCUUCAACUUUGUGGAGACGCUGACCGGCUUCAAGUGGAUGGGCAACAAGGCACGCGACCUCCAACAAGAAGGCAAGACGGUCCUGUUCAGCUUCGAGGAGGCCAUUGGCUUCUGCAUCGGCACCACCGUUGUCGACAAGGACGGCGUGAACGCCAGUGCCGUUAUGGCUGAGCUCUGCCUCUACCUCGCUGCCCAAGGCAAGACGCUGGUGGACUGCCUGAAUGACCUGUACACCAAGUACGGCUACCACUGCACCUUUAACUCCUACUACAUCUGCGGUGAACAGGCGACCAUUGACGCCAUCUUCUCGCGCAUCCGCCACUAUGAUGGCGGGGAUGCCUCUGGUGCGGUGGUCUAUCCAUCCGUUGUUGCCGACGUGCAAGUGCUCAGCGUGCGCGACGUCACCCUCGGCACGGACUCGGCCCAACCAGACGGCAAAUGCCUCCUCCCACAGCAGAGCGGGCACAUGGUGACGUUCAAGUUUGCCAAUGACUGCGUGCUGACGCUGCGUACCAGCGGUACGGAGCCCAAGAUCAAGUUCUACAGCGAGAUCAAGGCGCCCAUGCCUAGCGACGGCGUGACGACACCGGUUGAGAACGAGCUGGAGACGUUUGUGACCAAGGUUGUCAACGAUCUCCUUCAACCUGACGUGCACAACCUGCAAGCCAAGAAGUCCGCCUGAAGGCCACCCAACACAAGGCGCUGCAGCGUUGAGCUGAGCUGGACUUUGUGUCGUGUAUUUGUGUUGUGUUGCCACCACCAUGGCACCUUUCCUUGUUGAACACACGCCCGUUUGUUCCUGUUCCACCUGCUGCGCUGCUGUGCGUAGCUUCCAUGACCUCUCCCUCAGCCUCUGCCUUCCUUCCCUUCCCUCCCUUCCUUCAACAAACACACCAACCAACCAAUAAACCACCUCCUC